AAUCGUACGAUGCAGUAGUCGAAGUGAGCAACACUUACAACACAUGAAUCCAGGACAUGCAGCGAUACCUCUACCAUUUUAGUCGUGGCCACGUCGGUGCUAGAACCAACGGACUUCUACACGCUACAGGACACACCGUCGAACAAUGGGGAUGUAUAAAGGAUCAGGCUGUAUGGAGAUGUUGAAACAUAUCGUAGCUCUCUUAUCCUUGACACUAUUUGUCAUUGCCGGCGACUCGCAGUGCAACACCGGAGAGAUUAAGUGCUGUACCCCGAAUUCCACGUCCUCCAAGGCGGCAGAAUAUGUUGCGCAGAGGGGAAUCGUUAAAUUCUGGGCAGAGGACGAGUGCUCGGGGGCUAUCGUUGUGGGCACCUCCACAGGCUGCAGUGGGAACCAAGAGCCCGUAUGCUGCGAAAAGAACACCUCUGAUGGCGUGGGCUCUCUUGGUUGUGUACCUAUUAACGUCAAUGUAUGAUCACCGCGAGGCUUGGAAAGCAACGAUCUCGUAUAUCAGUGCGGGUGAAAGGGUGGACACCGCAGCUGUAUUAAAGAGCGCACUACAGUAUUGUUUGCAGCAUGGACAGAUUCGAGCCCAAGCAUGGAAAUAUAUUGAACAUUGGAGUGUAUUGGAUGUCAUACAGAUCCUCAGUGUUCACCAAGAAAAUACUUAAUUUGUCACU